AUGAACAACAACUCAGGCGUCAUUGAAAUCGACUACUCGACUGAAUUUCCAACGCUUCCCGCUGCUCCUCAAGCCAAGCCUGCUGGUGGAGCUUGGAACACUCGUCCAGCUGUCCGCGCAACGACCGUGACACAGGUUUUCACGUUGGCUACCGAUGAACGCGCUUCCAAGAAAAUCAAGACCUUCGGAAACGAGGAACAGAAAUCUUGUCAAGAAAUUGCUCAAGCUACCGGCACGCGAAUUGAGCUCAGCGAGUCGAGGGACAAUUCUCUGACUGUCAUGAUCAAAGGACCUAGGGCUAAAGUCGAAGAGGCUCGUGCCUCGGUUGUGCGUGCCCUUCAAACUAAACUUGCUCGCGAAGUUGAAAUUCCCAAGGAACACCAUCGUGCCUUAAUUGGUAAGGAAGGAGCUGCUUUGCGUUCGCUCGAAGCCGAUACCAAUUGUCGAAUCAUGGUUCCUGGGCGUGAUGAAAAUAGCAAGACUAUCAAGGUUACGGGACCACGUGAAGGAAUUGAUCGGGCCAUUGCUCAUAUCAAACGUGUCUCCGAGCAACAAGCUAAACUUGCCGUUGAACGUGUCAAAUGUGCCAAAGUCUACAUUCCUUGGGUACGUGGGCCCAACAACGAAUUUUUGGACAACCUGGUCGCUAGCACUGGAGCUAAAAUCAAUAUUCCACCACCGGCUGCAACAGAUGAAACUAUUGUGAUCACUGGCGAGCGCGAUGGUGUUCUGAAAGCUGCCGCUACUAUCCGUGCUAUUGUGACCGAAAAAGAACGCGUUGUAAAGAGCGUUACUUGCCAAGUGAAUCGCGCUCAGCAUCGAUACGUCAUUGGGCAACAGCGGUCAGGCUUGCACGAGGUUCUUCGAAAUACUGGGGUCAGCGUGGAAGUGCCAUCGGAAGAAGACAACAGCGAAACGAUCACUUUGAGAGGAGAUCCUGCUAAACUUGGAGAAGCUUUAGCCUUAGUUAUUUCAAGAGCGUCUUCUGUGAUUGCUGCUCAGAUUCAAGCUCCAAUUUGGUUGCACAAGCACCUCAUUGGUCCAAAGGGCAGCAUCCUUGCUCAGUUGGUACCAAACCGCGACAAAGUUCACAUUGAUUUCGAUGACUCUGGUGCUAUCUAUUUGGAGGGACCACCUGGAGAAGUAAAGACGGCUCAAACUACCCUGACUGACGAGGUCAAUCGCCUCGUCAAAGAAAUGACUGUUGAGAAAGUCAAGGUUCACCCAACCCUUCAUAGACACGUCAUUGGAAGAGGUGGCUCGCUUAUUUCAAAGAUCAAGGAUGAGACUGGGGUUCUAAUCAAUAUUCCCAACGAGUCAACGAACUCCGAUGAGAUUACCAUCGAAGGAAAGAAGGAUGGUGUGAAGAAAGCCGUUGCCGAAAUUCGCCAAAUUGUUUCGAAGAUCGAGAAUGAGAAAUCACGUGAUAUCAUCAUCGAGCAACGCUUCCACAAAUUAAUUAUUGGUCAAAAAGGUGGUGAGAUCCAGAAGCUCCGCCAACAAUAUCCCACAGUUGUUUUCAGUCUGCCAGAGGCCAACAAGAAGAGUGAUGUCAUUAAUCUUCGAGGGGAUAAGAAUGAGGUCGAUGCCGCGUACAAACAGCUCCAGAAAAUCGCCAAGGAUCUUCAAGAGACCAAUUAUCAACAGGCUGUUCUAACCUUCAAGGAAUUCAUCAAACAUAUUGUUGGAAAAGGGGGAAUCAAUAUUCGUAAAAUCCGCGACGAAACCAAUACGCGCAUUGAUAUGCCCGAAGGCGGAAGCUCGGAUGAUAAGAUUUUGGUUACCGGCAAGAAGGAGAAUGUGGAAAAGGCGGUGAAACAAUUGGAGAAGAUUCAAAACGAGUUGGCCUCAAUUGUGACCCUCGAAGUAAACAUCCCAGUCAAGAUUCAACAAAGACUGCUUGGGGCAGGACGCCGGCUUAUUGCUGAUAUCGAGGAGGAAUGUGGUGGUGUGCAUGUCAAGUUCCCCGCAGAGAAGAGCGACUCCGAAAAAGUCGUUGUUCGCGGACCACAAGGUGAUGCCGAAAAAGCGAUUGCGCUUUUGCAAAAGAUGGCACAAGAUAAGCUGGACACUCAUGAGGAUUCGCUCAAGGCCAAGCCUGAAUUCCAUCGUUAUCUGAUUGGCAAGGGUGGCGCAAAAAUCAAAAAGCUGCGUGAGCAAUACGAUGUGCGAGUCAUGUUUCCCCGAGAGAAUGACGAAGAUAAGGAGACCAUUCACCUCAUCGGCAAGAAGGAAGACGUGGAUGGCACCAAGAAAGAGCUUGAAGCUUUGAUCAAACAACUCAAUGAAACGGUUGAGAUCACGGUUGAAGUCGACCCCAAGUACCACAAGAACUUCUUGUCAAGAGGAGCAUUCCUUGUGAAGGACAUCCAAGAAUCGAACGGUGGAGUCAGCAUUUCUUUUCCGAAAGCCGGAGAUGGAGCUUCAACUGUCACCAUCAAGGGCUCAAAACAAUGUGUUGAGUCGGCCAAGCAACGAAUUGAAGAGAUUGUUGAGGAUUAUGAGCAUCAUACAACUAUCCACAUCGAUAUUCCACAUCAUCACCAUCGUGCUAUCUUGGCCAACCGUGGGCAAAAAGUCCAUGAGCUUCAAAGCCAAUUCAAUUGCCAAAUUCGAUUCCCUGAUCGUCGCCAGGCAGAAGAAGAUUCAACCAUUGAUGCCAAUCAAGUGUCGAUCAGUGGUCGAGAUUCCAAAUGCGAGGCUGCACGUGAUGCUCUCCUGGCUCUUGUUCCCAUCAGCAAACAAGUCGAAGUUCCCUUCGAGAUGCACCGUUUCCUUAUUGGCCGCAAAGGCGAUGCUGUUAGGAAGAUCAUGCAGGAAUGCGAUGUCAACAUCAAAAUCCCUAAGGAGGAUGAAAAUUCCAAUGAAAUCACGGUGACUGGUACCCAAGAAGCUGUCGAGGCCGCUAUUCAAGCUAUUGACGUGAAACGUGAGGAGUUUGAUGCUCAGGCGGAAGAUCGUCGUUUGAAAAGCUGGGAACUUGAGCUUGAGGUGCCCGUUGUCUAUCAUCAAAAAAUUAUCGGGCCACGCGGAGAGACUGUCAAAAAGCUGCGUGAAAAGUUCGAUGUUCAAAUCUCACUUCCACGUGGAGAGAACACGAGCGACAAGAUCACUAUUCAUGGAUACGAAUCCAAUGCUCGUGACUGUGCCGCCGAAAUAGAAUCAUUCCUUGCUGACAUCAAAUCGAUGAUGGCCCAGGAAAUUUCACUCGAUCCCCGCUAUCAUCCUCGUUUGAUUGGAGCUAAAGGCAUCAACCUCAAGAAGGUUAUGGCUGAGUUCGGAGUUGAGAUUACUCUGCCACGUGGCGAUGAUCCAAAGCCGACGCUUGUGACCGUUGCUGGUAAAAAUGAAGAUGCCGUUUGGGAUUGUAUUGACUUCCUUCGUCGAGAAGAAGAGGACUAUUUGAGCGAGCGUCAAGACCGCUAUCAAUACAUGUCACAACGCUCCCAGCCUGCCGACGAAAAGCCAAAGCUUCAAACUGUUCAAGUUAAGAAUGCGCCAUGGCAACUCUCUGGAGAGGAUUUUCCUGAGAUGGGCGGAUCAACUGGGCCGGCUGCUUCUUCCAACACCGGAGUUUGGGGUGCCCGUCGCUUC